AGUGCUUCCAUGGCUGACCUCGACUGCACAAGCAUGCUGCCCGCCAAGGCCGUGUACACGAUCAACUACUUUGGUCUGAGCGCCGUCGGCAACUUCCUCACGGUCUUCUUCAGCGCGUACUUUGACAAGUUCCAGAUCGGCAUUUUGCAGACGAUUCCGUGCAUUUGCAACCUCAUUGCGCCGCCGCUCUGGGGCGCGAUCGCGGACGUGCUCCGCAAGCAGCGCCUCAUCCACAUCCUCUGCAUCCUCACGGGCUCGCUGCUCAUGUUCUCGAUCCAGUUUACAGCCUCGAGCUUCUACCUUGCGUGCUUUGUCGUCUUCCUCGCCAACUUCCAGUCGGGCCCGACGUCGUCGCUCCUCGACCAGGCGGUGCUCGCGCUCACGGAGCGCCUUGGCGCCGAGUACGGCAAGCAGCGUCUCUUCGGUGCCGUCGGCUAUGGCCUCGGCGCGUACAUCACGGGCGUCAUUGUCUCGCAGUACGGCAUCACGUGGGCGUUCAACAUUCACCUCAUCUUCUGCAUCCCGACCAUUUUCGCGCUGCAAAUGAUCCCGUCCAUUGACACGCUUGUGCCGACGCAUGCGACGACAACGCCGUCGGGCUCGUCGAUGCCGACGCCGAGCUUCAAGACCGGUCUCCACGCGCUCUGCAAGAAGAAGGACGUGCUCGUGCUCCUCUUUGUCGUCUUCCUCGCCGGCCUCAUGUUUGGCGUCCUCUCGUCGUUCCUCACGCUCAACUUGUAUGAGCUCAGCGGCCACUCGGCCCAGAUUGUCGGCAUUGCCAUUUGGUGCGAGACCAUCUCGGAGCUCCCGGCGUUCUACUUUGCCGACCGCAUCAUCGAGAAGGUUGGCACCGUCAACGCGAUGGCGAUCUCGAUCUUGUCGUACGGCGCGCGGCUCACGUGCUAUGCGUUCAUGACGAACGCGUGGUAUGCGCUGCCGUUCGAGUUCCUCCACGGCUGCACCUUUAGCCUCGCCUGGGCCGCGUGCACCAAGUACAUUUAUGCGUCGGCGCCCCGUGGCACCGAAGGCAUGAUGAUGGGCAUCCUCAACGCGGUCCAGAACGGCCUCGGCCGUGGCGUCGGUACCAUGGUCGGCGGCUACCUCUACAACACGUACGGCGCGAGCUUCAUGUGGAAGGUGACGGACCUCGGUGUGCCGGUCGCGCUCCUUGGCCUGUACGUCUUCUCGUGCACGAUGGAGAAGCCGGCGACGGAAGAGGAACUCACCAACGAAAAGACGCAUCUCAUUGCGUAAAACAACACACAAUAAUGUUGACAGUAGCUAGUAUCCUUCGUCGGUAGACGACACCAUAAACAUACAUUCCUUUUCACUUUGCAC